AUGCAGUACGUGCGAAGUAUCAGCGGAUCGGUUUCGAAAACAUGGAACUCCAUCAAUCCAGCAACUCUCAGCGGAGCUAUUGAUGUUAUAGUCGUUGAACAAGAAGAUGGAUCAUUGGCAUGUUCACCAUUUCACGUUCGCUUCGGGAAGUUCUCCCUUCUUCGACCAUACGAGAAGAAGGUCGAAUUCAGAGUCAAUGAUGUCAAACAAGAUUAUGCGAUGAAGUUGGGAGAAGGGGGAGAGGCUUUCUUUGUUUUCGAGACGAGUGAUAAUAUUCCAGAAGCUAUGCAGACGUCGCCCCUUGUUUCGCCAGUUUCCAGCCCGCCAUUACCAGCAGCAGGCUCAGACCCAGCGAGCUUGUCCGAACCCGACUUCCUAGCCUUAGAUAUGGGACAUAAGAGUUUAAGAUCAGACAGUUUUACCAAGUCUGUCGGAGGCUCAUACCCUAGAAGGCAAAGCAAUCUCAGUGCUUUGACGCCACCAUCAAUAUCUUCAGAGCAUGCAAGUGGUAGACCCCUUUCUGACUGGUCAGCGGUGCAUCGUAGCAAUACAGACGAAUUGUUGUCAUCUUCGGCUCGAACAAAUAUUAGUGAUUUGACGGAACGAGAUAGACAGACACGAUCUAUGACACCGACUAUUGCAGCUGUUGAUGGCCAAUCGGAUAUCUUUACUGAAAGGUCGCACAGUCCUCCACCUUUGCCAACCCGCGAGGCUAUAGAACGAGCAAUGGCAUUGUCGAAUCGACUUCAAGCUUCCAACAUACCCAGUCAGGUUACCGAAACUGGAGAUUUAAUGUUGGAUAUGACUGGUUACAAAAGUAGUGAUGAUGACGCUCUUCGAGCAGAAGUGAUUGCGCGAAAGAUUUUGUCCGAAGAGUUAGAAGGGAAUUAUGACAUUGGUGCAUUAAUUGGUGCGGACGAAAACGGAAACCUUUGGAUAUACAGCAGCGAGGAGGCAAAAGACGCUGCAAGUCAUAGAGCAGCUAUGGCAGGCAUUGCGAAUGCCUCUGGAUUAACCAGUGAUGCUUCAUCGGACCCAGGAUAUAAUAGUGAAACGGAUAGUGAUAUCCUUCACCAACCAAUGGCUCCAACUCACCGACGUGCUGAUUCUGAUUCAUUGGGAAUGCAGACGCCACCUAAGACACCCACUGGAACUGCCGGUGAUCCAAAUCGGAAUUACGCCAAAACUUUACGGUUGACUAGCGAUCAAUUGAAAGCUCUCGGUCUCAAGUCCGGACCAAAUCCCGUGAGCUUCACUGUCAAUCGAGCAACAUGCCAAGCCAACAUGUACCUUUGGAAAUAUGACGUCCCUAUUGUCAUUUCUGAUAUUGACGGUACCAUCACAAAAUCAGAUGCUCUUGGUCACGUUCUUAACUAUAUCGGAAGAGAUUGGACUCAUAUUGGAGUGGCCAAACUCUAUACUGAGAUCGUUAAUAAUGGUUACAAUAUCAUGUAUUUGACAUCUCGAUCGGUAGGUCAAGCCGACACCACUAGAGCAUACCUCAACGGCGUGGUACAGGAAAAUUAUCAUUUACCGAAAGGACCGACUAUUUUGAGUCCUGAUAGAACUCUUGCAGCUUUGAGAAGAGAGGUUUACAUCAGAAAACCGGAAGUCUUCAAAAUGGCUUGUCUACGAGAUAUUAAGAACUUAUUCGGUCCCAACCGCACACCAUUCUACGCAGGCUUCGGCAACAGACUGACUGAUGCAUUAUCAUACCGUUCUGUUAGUAUUCCUAGCAAUCGUAUUUUCACAAUCAACAGCUAUGCGGAAGUCUCGUUAGAUUUGCUCAGUCUCAACAAAUUAAGAUACAGCUAUGUGAAUAUGCGAGAAGUCGUCGAUCAUUACUUUCCACCAGUAAACACCCUCAUCACAAGUGGAGGUGAGGAAUACACUGAUUUCACGUAUUGGCGAGAACCUGUCCUUGAAAUUGAUGAUUUCAGUGCAUCCGAGAGUGAUGAGAGAGAUCUCGAAGAAAGAGAAGAUGAGGAUGAUGAAGAAGAGGAUGAAGAUCAUGGACACAUGGGCGAAAGUUAUAUCUCUCGUGGGUCUAUCGAUGAAGACAAUUACUACGAGGAAGGUCUAGAUGAAAGUCUUUUGAUGGAGUCUAUAGAAGGAAAUGAUGUUUUGACGAGAAGUAUGCUAUUAGAGGAGCAAGGCCAGGACUACUACGACAAUGCAAUCGAAGAUGAUGAAGAUGAAGAGGAGUCGAUGCUAGAAGAAGAUGGUGUCAGACCAGAUGAUCGAGUCACACCUCAACUCCAACUCGAGAAACACGAUUCUAAUGCCGAAGUGAUUACGGGAAUGCACAACCUUACUUUGGAAAGGGAAGAUUCCGACGAUAAGAAAGUCUAA